AUGGUCGGGCCGAACCUCGCCGUAUUUAUUCACAACUUUAUUCGUUGCAUCGGCGACAAUCUCGAGGAUCGGUGGAGCAGCUUGGGAGUUACAGGAUUGGUGGACAAAAUGAGGCCAACUAAACCACCUAUGCAAGUAGGUCAGGUUAUGCAACUCAUCAUUGCCAUCGCAAUCGGGUGCCGAGUCUUGAUACCCACCAAUGAGAUGCCGCUGACAUUAUCCAUCAUUGGGUGUGAUAGGGUAAUUCCAGGUUUAACGUUACCUGCAACUAACUGUAUUAGCACCUCUCCUCGCGAAAAGGCACAGGUACACGAAUUAGAUCUAAGGUCUCGACCCUAUUGUGCGUUCGGCUUCGUCCGGUGUUCAGUGCCGGUCCGGGGUACAGGCGGGGAAAUUUCCGGGGUAAAUGACUAUACUUGCAGGAUAACUCUUGAAACAUAA